AUACGUUUAGCAUUGUGGGUCUGGUGUUCCAGCCACAUCGCGCUCGCUCUCGCUCUCGAACCGCAUCCUUCUCUGUCCCACUGAUCUUUGUAAGGUGUUCGCGAAUCUCGAUAUGCCGAGACUGGGCUCAAAAAAAAGUCGUCAUGGGUGUGUGCAAUGCAAAGCGAGACGCGUGAAGUGCGAUGAGAACCGACCAUGCGGGGCGUGUGCUAGGUACCGCGUCGAAUGUAGUCUGCUGAGCAUCUCAGUGCAAGCUCGCGCGCAGACAGUUUCAAAGACGCCGUCAGAAAGCUCGCCCCACGCGAGCGACCCAGAUACGAUCAAUGGACCCUCUGGGUCACCAGGACCGACAACGGGUGACUCUGCUAAUUACCCACAAACGCCUAUCAAUCAAUACGACCCAGUCUUCGUCCCGCCAGAAGUCCCAACUGGUCAAUGGAUGCAAGAUCUGGAGUUGAUGCACCAUUACACAGCACACGCUUAUACCACCAUGCCUGGUCUCGAGGCUGCUAAACAUAUCUGGGGUUUCGCUGUACCGCAAGAGGGCUUCAAACAUCCACACUUGAUGCACAGCAUUCUAGCUUUUUCGGCCAAUCAUCUUGCCUAUAUUAACUUGUCGAGAGCCUCCUACUAUCAAGUGCUCGCUUCGACUCAUCAGUCAGCAGCUCUUACAUACCUGAACAGGGCUUUGGCAGAUCUCGGACCAGCCAAUUGCCAUGCCUUGUUUGCAUCAGCUUCACUGACAAUAAUGAACGCCUUCGUGGAUGCUCGAACCUACUCCAUGGAAGUCCUGAUAGAGAUUUUCCAGCUGCUACGAGGCAUGUCCUUUGUACUCAACACCGCCGUACCAUGGAUUGAGAAUGGGCCGUUCGCCGCCAUCAUCCGUCCGAGCAUCGGCGAUCAGCUCAACAAGCCAUCCGGUCUGCUAUCAUCGUUUCUGGUCGAGAUACAGGCAGCGAGCUACCCUCUGCCAAGCGAGUCUCCAGAAAGCCAAGCGAGUCGCAUUAAGGCAGCAGAACAACUGCGACAAGCGUUGCAGUACAGCAUUGAUACGUCAGGCCAUCCAGCACUACGAGCAGCGAUGACAUGGCCAACGACGCUCGAGGCUGAAUUCCUGGAAGCAUUGAAGGCAGGGCAAGAUCCCAAGAUGCGUGAACUGAUGAGGCUGUAUUGCCGACUUCUUGAGUAUGCAAGCUCCGACUGGUGGUUUAUUUCGGGCUGGAGAGGUAUCUCUUCGCGCAUCUGAGAAGACUGAAGAGGUCAAACCUACCACGCUAGAGCAGCCGGUUGCUUGCGAUACCGUAGUAGACUUCCUUGAGGGCGACGUCGGCUGCGAGUCUGAUCCUCCCCACCGAAGCGCCGCCCAUAUGGACACAACACUCUUGUCUUCUCGAU